GCUUGGAGUCCGUUGUGGGGCAACCCUGACGGCUGGGUCCUGGGAAAUUCUCAUGGCUCCUCUAGAGGACCAACCACCACGUCACCAUGGGGUGUGUUGUUGAACUACACAAUCUCUAAUUCAGUGGGUGGUCAAGCUUCAGGGUUCAUCAGGCACCUCAAGUUCUGGCCACAGUUGCAGAUUUCCCGACUUCCAGUGGCAGGUGGGGCUGGGGUGGGAGGUGAGGUCCUGUGCAGAGGCAGCACUGUGUGCAGGAGACAAGAGCUGUGUGCCCUGGUCACUGACACCUCAAGAGAUGGAUGGAGGAGGGUCCAGGCUCAAUAAUGGAGCCCUAUUCUCUGCUCUGGUUAGAGAAGGGAUGGAAGAGAGACAGAUGGUCCCAGACUGGGGGCAAGGCGGGGGUCGCAUUCACUCACUUCUGCCCACCCCUACAGCUGGCUGCUGGGAGCUGGUGAACACCUGGUGCAGCCCCGUGACCCUCAGAGCCCACUUGAGGCAGAGGGGGCAGGUGCCCCCUGAUGCAAUCAUUGCCCUCCUGGCUGAGGACGGGCACUUGGUGAGUCUGGAUGAAGGACUGGAGGAGGGGGCAUCCCCGGCCCCUUCCAUGGGCAGCCCCCUGCUGCAGGAGCGUAGAACCUACGUCCUCGUGCAGGUCUUCAAAGGGGAGGGUGGGGCCCCCACCCGCUAUGAGUCCCUCCUGGAGAACCUUGAUGACCAGUAUCCAGAGCUUGCAGAGGAGCUUCGCCACCUGUCAGGCCUACACCCUGCAAGUGAUGGCCGGAAGAGGCGCACGAGCACUCGGCGUGGGCACCAGGAGCAAGGUCCCCUUUCAAGGCCACGAAGGAUGGGCUCCCUGCCAUCCAGGACCCGCUAGUUGGGGCCAGAAGCUGGCCAGCAGGUCCUGUGAUCUGGAACAUCACAGCCAAGUGGCUGAGCUGGACUCCGAUCCAAGGGGGUUGGCCGUGACCUCUACCAUGUGAUCAGGCCCAAAGAGCUGCCCAGGGCCAUUCCUGCAGAAUCUGGACUUACGAAGAAGUUGCAUCAGCCAGAGGGGCAAGGUCAUGGAGUAGCUAUGAGGGCACUAUGGGGGGGUAGCCCCCAAAAUGUGGGUGCAGAGAAAGGGAUCCAGAGGCAGAGACAACGGUGAAGGGAGAGGAGGCAGCCCUGAGAGCAGAAGACAACAAAGAGGCUUAUCCAGGGAUUCCAGUCCCCAGAGUCAGAUGCCCUUGGGGGUCCAGGCUAAUGCCUCACUCCUAUCUGGACUGUCCAAGGUCAUCAGAUUACAACAGCCCUCCUCCCCAGCCCCCACCCAGGAUGUCAGCUUAAGGUAAAGCAAUUCAACCUCACAGAUGGACGUCCAGUGAUGCUCU